CGCUGGCACCGAUGGCUCUGCUGGCCCUGCUCGUCCUGCUGGCCCUGGCCGGGCCCGUGGGGGGCACGUGGGACACCUGCAGAGGGACCUGCGGGCUCCGUCCCUUGGCUUCCGACCACAGCUCAGCCGCUGCCACCUCCCGCUUCCUGGGUGGCACCGGGGUCCCCCCGGGCUCCUGGCCUGGCAUUGUCAGCAUCCAGGCCACCUGGGCGAACGGCACGUGGCACAUGUGCACCGGUGUCCUCCUCAGCUCCCGGUGGGUCCUCACGGUCGCACACUGCUUCGCCAGGGGCGGGGACAUCUCCACGUGGGAGGUGGUGAUGGGGGCCACAGACCUGAGCCAGCCGGGCCCCGAGGCUGCGGUGAGACACAUCCAGAGGCUCCUGGUACACCGGCACUACGUGCCUGCCACGGCGAGGAAUGACAUCGCCCUGCUGGAGCUGGAGCAGCCCGUGGAGUGCAGCGACUACAUCCAGCUGGGCUGCGUGCCCGACGCCUCGCUCAGGGUCUCGGAGCUGAAAUCCUGCUACAUCGCCGGCUGGAACUUUGCCAGAGGAAUGGUUCUGCAGGAGUCCAAGGUCCACCUGAUGGACACGGAGCUCUGCAACAGCAGCCGCUGGUACUCGGGGGCCGUUCAUGCUGACAACCUGUGUGCUGGGUACCCGCAGGGUGGCAUCGACACCUGCCAGGGGGACAGCGGGAAUCCUCUCAUCUGCAAGGACAACAGAGCCGACUACUUCUGGCUUGUGGGAGUGAGCAGCUGGGGAAAAGGCUGUGACAGAGCCAGGCACCCCGGGGUCUACACCUCCACUCAGCACUUCUACAACUGGAUCCUGCUCCAGACGGGCCUGAGCCCAGCUGACAUAUCCGGACCAGCACCGGAGCCAAACUGCACCCCGACUUCUGCAGAGACCCCGAUACCAGAGCUGGAACCAGAGCCAGAGCCAGAACCAGAACCAGAGCUGGAACCAGAACCAGAACUGGAACCAGAACUGGAACCAGAACCAGAGCUGGAACCAGAGCCAGAGCCAGAGCCGGAACCAGAGCUGGUGCCAGAGCCAACACCAGUGCCAGUGCCAGAGCCAACGCCAGAGCCAGAGCCGGAACCAGAACUGGAACCAGAGCCAGAGGAGGAGCCAGAGCCAGAGCCAGAGCCGGAGCCAGAGCCGGAACCAGAGCUGGUACCAGAGCCGGAACCAGUGCCAGUGCCAGAGCCAACGCUAGAGUCAGAGCCGGAACCAGAACUGGAACCAGAGCCAGAGCUGGUGCCAGAACCAACACCAGUGCCAGUGCCAGAGCCGACACCAGUGCCAGUGCCAGAGCCAGAGCUGGAACCAGAGCCAGAGCUGGUGCCAGAGCCGCUGCCAGUGCCAGAGCCGACACUAGUGCCAAUGCCAGAGGCAACACCAGAGCCAGAGCCAGAGCUGAUGGUGCCAGAACCAACACCAGUGCCAGUGCCAGAGCCAGAGCUGGAACCAGAGCCAGAGCUGGUGCCAGAGCCGACACCAGUGCCAGUGCCAGAGCCGACGUUAGUGCCAAUGCCAGAGCCAGAGCUGGAACCAGAGCUGGAACCAGAGCCAGAGCUGGUGCCAGAGCCAGUGCCAGUGCCAGAACCGACACUAGUGCCAAUGCCAGAGCCAGAGCCGGCCCCGGAGGCAGAGCCGGCCCCGGAGGCAGACGCGGCCCUGGAGCCCGAGGAGCCGGUGCCGACACGGGAAGCGGACCGGCUCCUGCUCAUCUCGGUGCCGUACCAGAGCCUGCUGAAGUUGUGUGAGCUGCUGAGGAAUUUCCUGCGGUUCCUGAGGGAGCAGCUGGGCUGA